AUGAACCCCGGCUACGCCGGCCGCUCCAAUCUGCCGGACAACCUGAAGAAGCUCUUCCGCUCGCUGGCGAUGAACAAGCCCGACCGGCAGCUGAUUGCCCAGGUGAUGCUCUUCAGCCAGGGCUUCCGCACGGCGGAGAAGCUCGCUACGAAGAUAGUGCCCUUCUUCAAGCUCUGCGACGAGCAGCUGAGCAACCAGCCGCACUACGACUUUGGCCUGCGGGCGCUCAAGUCGGUGCUGGUCAGUGCGGGCAACAUCAAGCGCGACCGCAUUAUGAAGAUCAAGGAGGACCGGAGGGAGGCUUCAGGGGCGGGAGAGACUGAUGCUGUGGUGGUCAACGAGGCGCUGAUUGCCGAGCAGCUGCCCGAGCAGGAGAUUCUCAUUCAGUCGGUCUGCGAGACGAUGGUGCCGAAGUUGAUUGCCGAGGACAUUCCGCUGCUCUUCAGCCUCCUCUCGGACGUCUUCCCCGGCAUCAAGUACACCCGGGCGGAGAUGCGCCGCCUCAAGGAGGAGAUUGCCAACGUCUGUCGGGAGAUGUACCUGGUCUGUGAUUAUGAGGAGGCGGCUGCUGGUGGUAGUGGAAAGAAGAGCGGCAGUGGCAACUUGAAUGGAAGUGAUAACGGCGGCGGCGACGACGGAGCGGGCGAGUGCAGCUGGCUGGGCAAGGUGCUGCAGCUCUAUCAGAUCUCGCAGCUCAACCACGGCCUGAUGAUGGUGGGGCCGAGCGGAAGUGGGAAGAGCACCGCCUGGAAGGUGCUGCUCAGGGCGCUGGAGCGAUUUGAUGGCAUGGAGGGCGUCGCGCACGUCAUCAACCCGAAGGCCAUCUCCAAGGAGGCCCUCUACGGGACGCUGGACCCGAACACGCGCGAGUGGACCGACGGCCUCUUCACGCACAUCCUCCGCAAGAUCAUCGACAACGUCCGCGGGGAGAUCAACAAGCGCCAGUGGAUCAUCUUCGACGGCGACGUCGACCCGGAGUGGGUGGAGAACCUCAACUCGGUGCUGGACGACAACAAGCUGCUGACGCUGCCCAACGGCGAGCGGCUGAGCAUUCCGCCCAAUGUGCGCAUCAUGUUCGAGGUGCAGGACCUGAA